AUGGCGACUUCAAAGCUUCAAGCCUUUUUGAAUCACCCAGCCGGACCCAAAACCAUUCACUUCUGGGCCCCUACAUUUAAAUGGGGUAUCAGCAUUGCCAACAUUGCUGAUUUUUCAAAACCACCUGAGAAGAUUUCAUAUCCUCAGCAAAUAGCUGUCAUGGCUACUGGACUUAUCUGGUCGCGUUACAGCACUGUAAUCACUCCAAAAAAUUGGAACCUUUUUAGCGUAAAUGUUGCAAUGGCAGGAACUGGCAUAUACCAACUCUCACGCAAAUUGCGGCAAGAUUAUUUCUCAGAGGAGGCUGUAGAAAAAGAAUGA